GAGCGCACGGCGAGCUUCCAUUUUUACGCACCGAGGCAUCCAGAGCCCCGCCGAAGCCGCGACCGACGACGUAUCGCUGUACAGGCAUUCCUCUAUCGGCGAGGCUGUAGCGAUUUGAAGAGGCACGACGCAAGCUGCUCUUUCAUCUCGUCAGCUUUGAGGAGGAGGCGGCGAGGGACCAGGGGUGUCCCCCCCGUUUGCGUGUAACUCCGUGCGUGUGCUUGCGUGUGUUUGUGUGCGUUCGGAUCAAGAGAGAGGAGAGAGAGAGAGAGAUACGAGGGUAAAACAGAUCGGACGCGCGGCAUAGGAGACAGCUGCUUUUGGACACGUUUUGGACACAGAAGCUGAUCGACCGCAAAGGCUGCACACGGAAAAAUAAUAGAAACAAAACUUACUCUGCGUCACUUCUCCCGUCCAUUAUUAUUUUGGGUUAUUUUUUGAUUUUUUUUUAAACCCGUAUUAUCAGUAUUAAUUCGGGGAGGGGUUUUUUUUAGCAUCUCCCAGUCUGCUGGAGUUUUGCCGCCGAAGGACGCACCUCGGGACUUAGACGCAGACGUCUCCCUCACUUCUUUCUGCGGGACAUGGGCGCAUCUGACGCCAAACAGCGGUAGACGGAAGGCUCGGAGCUGGUGUCUUCGUUUCCUUCUAUCGCUUUCAGAGUGGACCGACUUUUGAAAGAGCGUGUUUUUUUUCUCUAUCUGGGCCUAAAGCCGACGUGUUUAAAGGUCCUUUUUUGCUUCCGGCAACAGCGAAGAGACCAAGUCUUCCUCCCUCAUCUCUCACUCCCUCUCUCACUUUUUUGGAAGCUGAACUUUUAAAGGAAAAUGGGGCAUUGAGAGGGUUGGCAGAUCUCCCCACGCUAUAAUGGCUACUGACACCUACCUGGUGAACGACGAUCCCACUAGAGGCCCAGGGAUGCCUGAAUGUUUCCUCGUGUCUGAUACAUAUAGGGAUGAAUUCCACCCCUUCAUCGAGGCCCUUCUGCCCCAUGUCCGCGCCUUCGCCUACACCUGGUUCAACCUGCAGGCCCGCAAGCGUAAAUACUUCAAAAAGCACGAGAAGCGCAUGUCCAAGGAGGAAGAGCGUGCAGUGAAGGAUGAACUGCUGGGAGAGAAGCCAGAGAUCAAGCAGAAGUGGGCUUCACGCCUGUUGGCCAAGCUCCGCAAGGACAUCCGGCCUGAGUUCCGUGAGGACUUUGUGCUCACCAUCACGGGCAAAAAGCCCCCCUGCUGCGUGCUGUCCAACCCCGACCAGAAGGGCAAAAUACGUCGCAUCGACUGCCUGCGCCAGGCUGACAAGGUGUGGCGGCUGGACCUGGUGAUGGUCAUCCUGUUUAAGGGCAGCCCCUUGGAGAGCACGGACGGAGAACGACUGGUCAAGUCACCGCAGUGCACCAACCCUGGCCUGUGCGUCCAGCCACACCACAUCGGAGUGUCCGUCAAGGAGCUGGACCUCUACCUGGCCUACUUCGUCCACACGCCAGAAUCUGGACAAUCAGACAGCUCCAGCCAACAAGGGGACACAGACAUCAAGCCACCACCCAAUGGCCACCUGAGUUUCCAGGACUGUUUUGUCACCUCAGGAGUGUGGAAUGUGGCAGAGCUGGUCAGAGUGUCUCAGACUCCCGUAGCCACAGCGUCGGGUCCUAACUUCUCACUGGCUGACCUGGACAGCAGCCCCAGUUACUACAACAUUAACCAGGUGGCUCUGGGGCGGCGCUCUCUCACCUCCCCUCCUUCUACCAGGUCUGAGGUGGAGUUGUACGCAAACCUUCCAAGGAGCUCCACUAAGCGGAAGUCCUUAGAUGAUAGCGAGCUGGAGAGCCCCACAGAUGAUGUUUUCUACCCUGGGCGUUCGCCUGCUGCCAGCUCCUCCCAGUCCAGUGCGUGGCCUAAUGACAUGGAAUCAGUGCAGCACCAUUUGGCGAGUGUGCAGGAGAGGAAGAUAAAACAUGAAAACGAUGGCGUGCAGUUUCCUUACCAUGGACUGUCCUCGCCUGGUUCACUUAAGAAGCCGGGGAAGUUUGAUUUCAACGCCCUGACUUCCCAGACGAGGUCUCCCCGCAUGGCGUUCACACACCACCCGCUGCCUGUGCUGGCAGGAGUGAGACCAGGGAGUCCCCGUGCCUCAGCCUCAGCCCUGCACUUCCCUUCCUCCUCUAUCAUCCAGCAGUCCAGCCCGUACUUCACCCACCCCACCAUACGCUACCAUCACCACCAGGACCCGCUUAAGGAGUUUGUGCAGUUUGUCUGCACCGACGGCACAGGCCAGCCCAGCGCACAGCCUAAUGGAGGUGGCCAGAGCAAAAUGCCGGGCUCCUUCCUGCUGCCCCCGCCACCCCCGGUGGCUCGCCCUGUGCCCCUCCCCAUGCCCGACUCUAAAACCAUCAGCACGCCGACUGACGGCGGACUCAGCUCACCCGCAUCUCCGUCAUACUCCACGCCAGGCUCCACAGCUCCCAACCGGUUUGUCGGCAUCGGAACACGGGACAACUUUCUGAAUAUCCCCCAGCAGACCCAGUCCUGGUUCCUCUGACAAGGCCUCUCUGAAUCAACAGCUAAAAUUGUGUCAUGAAAAUUGGAAAUUUGACAAAACAAACACAUCGCCGCUGAAAAAGAACAAACUGCUGACACUAAAAGGUCUUUCUCUCUCGCCAACACUAUUCAAAGUACUACUACAGAACCCCGAAAAACCCCACGCUGCCCCAAGAGGACUCCCAAUUCAACACGAUUUGAACAGGAACAUUCGUCCCCUUUUGCGCAGGAGUCUUCAACAAGAUUGAGUGGACAGACUCAGAAUGCAAGGAGGAGGAAGAAGAAGAUGAGAAACUGUCUCACACACCGUGAAUUGUCAGAAAGGAAACACAAUAUGGCAAACUGACAAAUGACCAAUUAUACAUUUGUUUCUUUUUUUUCUUUUUUUUUUUUAAUGUUUUUUUCCAUUUUGUUGUCUCCACAAUGAAACUCCAUGCAUUGGCUGGGAGAUCCAAAAAAGAACAAGUAGUGGUAAAUGGUGAAGUCAGAUGUGCAACUUGUAAAGAUUGCCACCCAAAUAGCACGCCUCCAUAUCUGCAUAUCUCUCCUCCAGGUACAUGGUCCCACCUUGCAGCCUCGUAGUUGAGUGUCCCCUCACCCCACUGUUUCAUCUGCUCAGCCCUGAGCCUCUUUCACUUCGGAUUGGCCAAUCAUGCUGACACCAUCCAGUCCAAUGGUGUGACACAUAUGCACUAAGUGGCUGGUCUUUGUUUACCUGUCAAUGUACCAGGGUGUCCUGCUAUGGGAGAAACGACGGCCAUGAGGCACGAAGGCAAGAAGGUGAACACACAGAUAGUCAUAACACUAACUCUACACGUGCUCUCUCGUCCCCUUACCUAUGCACUAUUAAUUUUUUUUAAGGGAUGAACAGUAUUGCACACUGAUGGUCAGAUGAGCGAUUAGAGAAGUGAAUCGAGGCUGCAGGUAUGGGGGCUGUGCUAGCAUCAGGCCCUGAAAGAUACAGCACUCACAUGCACACACACAUGCAAGCUUGCAGGCAGCACAUGCAGACCAACCUUUCCAGUAAAGUCGGUCACAAAACCACUCACAAAAUCAUCUUGUUUUAAUCCAUAGAUAUUGCUUUUACAAUAAGGCGCACACAGCAUUGGCUUCAUAUUAUUUGCUUUAAUUUUGUUUGUAGUUGUUUACUUGCGAUUUUUUUUCUUUUUCCAGAUUUGGUUUUGGUUUUGUCUCAGCUGGAUUGUUUUAACCUUCUCUUGCAUGUCAUAACAUUUUUUCUUUAGUUUGCAGUAACACAUAGUAUCACGCUCGAAUUUCAGCAAAAUGGAAACAGCAGUUUCUCAAAUUUCUCAUGUAUGGACAGCACAGUAACGACAGCUCAUCACACGCAACCCUGGCAUUGCUUCACCCCGUGUCCCGUAGUCUAUUCACAAGAAAACCCAGAGGAUACACACACACAGAUGCACAUAUAAAAUAACACCACCAACAACCUGGUUUAAAUUUAUAAAGGGAAGCCUUUAUACUGGUUCUCCAAACUGCCUUUUAAUGGUUUUUCAUUCAUUUUAAAAUUUGUAUUUUUAAUUUGACAUAUUUUUCUAUGUAAAUGUUCACACUGAAAUCGCUGUUGGUAUUAUUUUUUGUCAUGACACAAUCCAACAAAAGCCGACCUCACAAAAUAACUGGACUGCCUAGCUGUUGGUUCUGUUUUUGCAGGGAUAGUAAACAGGGCUGAGGGCUCGUUCUCAGCCUCUCUAGUAACAUUAGCUCUAUGUACUAAAACCAUAUAUCGAGACUAUAACAAUAUAUGGAAGUGCCUCUGUAUUCCCUUCAUGCAAUUAGUAAUAAACUUGACUUCAGGUUCUCUUCCCACAUAUAAGCUAAAGCUACAUGGGCAUGGUAGCGUUGGUGCAUGUGGAAACCAUUGGCCUAGGACGGAUCUUUAUAGAGGACUGCAAACUCUUUUUUUUCUUUUUUUUUUGUAAAAACAGAGAGAGAGAUCUUAUACAUAUAUAUUUAUGAUAUAUGCUCCUUUGUAACUUUUACUACGAGCUUGUUGGCAGUCUAGUUAUUUUCUGAACACUCA